UGCUUAGCCGAGGAGUGCCGUGGAGAGGCAUGCUCUGGGGAGAGAGCCUUACUCUCCGCAUUUCGGGGUUUGGUUGUGAAAGUAGCUCUUGGUUGAACUAUCGGACCAGGAUUACGGUUGUGAAUGUCCGUGGAGUAUCUUCAAGCUACGGCAACCGGUUUCCAAAAGAUGCGGUCUGGACUGGCGCUGCAGGCUGUUCUCAUUGCCGUGGCCUUGGCGGACAUCAGUCUCGUGGCACUUUGUGAUCCCACCAACAACACCCCCCUUCCUCAGACGCACGUUUCUGCCAGGACUUCCGCACAAACACCACUAAAAUCCACCCAGGAGCCAAUAUCAUUCACACAAAUACCAUUAACACACUCACAGGCGCCAGUAACAGUCAUAUAUACAUUACUUACAUCCACACAGGCAUCAGGAAUACCCACACAAACACUACUUACACCAACACAAGCGUCGCUAACACCCACGCAAAUACCACUAGCACCCACACCGACGCCUCCAACACCCACACAGACGCCUCCAACACCCAAACAGGCGCCUCCAACAUCAAAGCAGGCGCCUCCAACACCCAUACAGACGCCUCCAACACCCACACAGACGCCUCCAACACCAAAGCAGGCGCCUCCAGCACCCAAACAUGCGCCUCCAACAUCCAAACAUGGGCCUCCAACAUCCACACAACCACCACUCUCAUCAACAGAACACACGCAACAACCUCCCACCGCGCAGUACCCCGAGGCAUCCACAAUCCUCCCAGACACGCAAAUCCCAUCGACUUUCUAUCGCGUAUCGUGGUCACCCAACCCCCACGACCCUCAGAUACCCACCGCGACGCCGCACCAUUCGCAGCCCUUGCUCAUUCCACAGCAUGUUGCAUUUGUUCCAUUGUCUACACACCAGCUGCCAGGCACAGAGGAACACGAAGGUAUGGGAUAUACGACCCAACCAACGCAGCUGUCAACCUCACCACAUCAAAAGCAAAUGCCAGCCGAAGCGUUACAUGAAAAAGAUCCAAAUGCACUACCAGAGGAGGACAGUCCGCCAACUGCGCCAUCUGUUGGAGGGACGUUAACUACUACUCCAUUGUCCACCCAAGUAGUACCUACACUUCCAUUCACACAGCUCUCGAGUACGCCGGCAUUCACAACUCUGUCAGCCAUGCCCGUCUUCACGCCUCUGUCAUCAACAACGCCAUUAGCAGAAUCUUCAACAACACCAUUAUCAAGGGAGCUGCCACGUACACCGACGCAGAGACAUCCAUUAUAUCCUCGUCCGUUAACUGAAGAGCCAGCCACAUAUUCACUGACCAUAUCUACGCACGUUGAGCCUCCAUCUACAAAAUCAAAAUUUCUCACGGAAACAACGACAUUACCACGCGUGGAGACAACCACACAGAUAGUCAUACCCCCAGAUAAACCACGUUCUACAGUAAAACCCGAUGAUAUAAGUAUUCUGUUACACGUCCCACAAAAGGAGUCUUCUACUAUGUUACCUAUCAUGACAAUUAUGUCCUUGCUUACGAAAUUACCAGAUGCACAAUCACAAACAGAGGGUUUGGUAACACCAAUCACAUCAUGGCAAACACUAGCACCAGUUACACAGUCACAAACAGAGGGUCCAGCAGCACUAGUUACACCACCAGUCACAGUAACGACAACUGAUGCAUCGUUACAUACACAGUUGCCAAUAACUCUAUCAACUACACCAUCCAUACCAUCUAAUAUACAAACUUCCCCUGUGCCAGUGUUAAAGACUUCAAUUGCGCCAUCUACACCAUCAUACACAGAAUCCUCAACUGGGCCAGAUACACCAUUGCAUAUACAGACAACACUUACACCAAUACAAACAUCAACAUCAAUAUCACAAGAGGAUUCUCUUACAGAACCACCACCUACUGUGAACGCAAUACAUGCUGAGGAACUUUUGGAAAAAUACGGCUACUUGAACUGCAUUCCUCCUGGAAGCGAGCGCAACACGCACCUUCACCGCCUCCUUUUAUAUCGCCGUGAAAAUCCGGAACCAAAUACUAGCCAUCAGUACACCCCACUGGACUUCAGACUCUUCUCGCUUGUAAACCCGAGACUCCCAACAGAUAUGAAACAAUAUUACAGAAAGAAAAUCAAUGAUUACGUCCUUUCAAGCACAGAUGACGUUGAAGGCAGGACUCCCCUGAUUAAGCUCAAGAUCACAGAACCGACUUUGAAAUCGUACUGGUAUUCGCGACGGAAAGGUAUGCAGCAGCUCCUGACGGGACGAGGUCGAGGAGCCCGGCGAGCGGUGGUGGUGGAGGAUCCGGCUAAACUCGGCUACCAGUACCUGCCCGUCUGUAGUAAGGAGCAAAUACAGGAAGCCAUUGACAAGUUCCAGGCAGCCUAUCAUGUUGGCGUAGGGGGCACACUGGACCCUCAAACCCUAGAGCUGCUCUCCAGACCCCGCUGUGGCAACCCAGACAACCUCAUGGAGGAAGGCAGUGACGACGUCGAGACGUCCUCAGUGUGGCCGCCCAACAUAGUCAGCUUCCUCCACCGUCGACGCAGAAGCUUGGUCGUGCCCGAGAGAGGAAAAACGGAUGGUGGCAUUAAGGACCAAACCAAACACCUGGAAAGUACGUCCGACGACCGACAGAGCGAGGCAAGUAUGGUAGGGACGCCGCUGGGAGGAACAGCAAACCGAUUCGAUCCUUCAACUGAACCGGUGCCAGACCAGGAGAGGCUGCACAGGGUGGCGCUGGCCCUUCGCGAGGCCACGAGGGCGAAACAUCCGAGUGUAAUACAGCACGAGGAGUGGGAACCGCAUCCACAGGAAGCUCCUAUGCGGCGUCGGCGGUGGGUGCAGGACCUCGUGGACAGGAUACACUCGGGAGAGGAGGAUGCCCGCCUGGCCGCCCUCACUCCACACAUCCUUGCCCGCACUUCAAAGACAUCCUAUCCUGAGGAACCGCAGCACAGCCGCAGAAAGAGGUCAGCGUUCACCCACCUGGGCCAGCAGUUUAUGGAGUCUUUGAUCACCUGGCGCCUCGUCACGUCAGGCUACAGCUCCCAGUUAGCGGUAAGUGUCCAACGCGCCGCCCUCGCCCUCGCCUUCAGAAUGUGGUCUGAAGUCAUCCCUAAAAUAUUCAUAGAGGACAAUACUUCGACCAAUCCCAAUGACGCGAACAUCAACAUCGGAUUCGGACGACGAAGUCACCUCGGCUGCGUGACCGAGUUCGACGGGCUGGGCGGAGAGCUGAGCCACGCCCUGAGAGAUGCCCGAGACGCCCAGAUCCACAUGGACGACGAUGAGCACUUCACCCUCGACUCUGACCACGGCACGAACCUCCUGAAGGUUGCGGUGCACGAAAUAGGGCACGUGCUCGGCCUGGGUCACGUGCUCAGGAACUACUCCAUCAUGUACGCCGUGUACGAGAAGGUGCUGCCCAACCAGGGCCUCGAGCUGGGCUGGGAGGACAGGAAGCUCGUCCAGAGGAUCUACGGCCGCUGCGUCGGCAAGUUCAGCACCGUCUUCGACUUCUUGCGGUGGCGCUCCGACGGGUCCCUCUCCUACAACACCUACUUCUUCCGCGGGGACCACUUCUGGAUGUACGAAAACAAGUACAACAGAACGCGCUUCGGGGACCCCCUGUACAUCGAUACGGAAUGGCGCGGCCUCCCCGACGACAUCGACGCCUACACGCACAUCUUCACCAGCACCAGGGACUCCCACCUCUUCUUCAAAGGAGAACACUACUACAUGAUAGACCCCGAAACCCGGAACGUCCUGCCCGGUUUCCCUCGUCGGAUCGCCCACGACUUCCACGGUCCUCGCACGGCCAAGAAACCGUAUCCCAAGGCCAUUCCUAGCAACCUCGACGCCGUCUACUUCGAUAUUAGGGACGAGAAUUUGUAUUUCUUCAAGGGACGGAAGGUUUACGGCUACGACAUCAGGAAUGGAACGGAAGGGUGUUGUCUGCCGGGCUACCCUCGCCUCGUCCACAACGAGUUCAUAAGAGCUGACGAAGGCUCGAGGAAUCUGCCGAAGAAGUUGGAUGCCGUUUAUUAUUCCUACACUGACCAGACUCUGUAUUUCUUUAAGGAACGGCUCUUCUGGGAGUUGGUGACCUUCCACCCACGUGACACCAAGCGCACGAAUGCCGUCCUUGGGCCUUUCUUCGUGCAUGACAAGUGGUAUGACAUCUGUGACACGGACAUUAACGACUACAAUGCAUAUCGCGUGAACAGGAAAAAAUAAUACGUCCGGUGUCCUCCUUUGAGAUAUAUGUUUUUUUUUUUUUGUUUGUUUGUUUUUUUUACUGUUAAACUGAGAAUAUAUUCAUUGAAGAAAUGAUGAGAAAUAGUUGAGGAACAUCAUGAAUUUCUAUUUGUUUUGAAAUGAAUCAUAAACAAAUUUAGGAUUUGGAAUACAGACAUAUUAUUCCAAAAUAAAAGACUGUCUUGAGGCUAAAGAACUCAUACAAUUUGUGUAUUUGUGUAAGAUCACUUUAAAAGUGGAAAAAUCCUCUAUCGUGUUAACAUAAUGUUAAGACAAAUUACUGUACACACAAAACUUCUAUUGUAGUCGAACGUAAUAUGGAAUAUAAUGCGAUAUCUUAUAAAAUCGUUACUUUAUGAUUUUUAUGUAUCCGUUAGCAGGAUGCUUACGACGUUUUCUUUUUUACUGUCACCAAUAAUUGUAUUCCAAAAGUUCAGAUUUGUAAGAUUAAUAUACCCGAGUUCGUCUUUUAUUUUGGGUUCAUUGCUACAGGCAAACCUGAAUCCAUCUGAUGGAAUGACUUAGAUAUAACAAUGGCAUCUUUCAUGGUGCUUCUCUUGAGGGGAAAGUUGGUCAGUCGAUAUUGGAAUUGAUAUAUGCGUCAAUCGAAUAAAAAAAAUAUCCUUUCGGCCAUGAAUUAUACCGACCGAGUACGUUUUUGGUCCUUUUUUUUAUUGUUUGUGUUUAUCAAUAUUAUUAUAAUUACGAGAGUGUUUUUAACAGGUGACAAAUAGAGCCUUCGAAUUUAUGCGCACUCAUUUUUUCUGAUACACGCACGGCUGCUCAUACACACAAACACAGCCGCACGCACACCCACACCCACACCCACACCCACAUCCACAUCCACAUCCACAUCCACACCCACACCCACACCAACGACACCCACACCACCCACACCCACACCACCCACACCCACACCCACAUCCACAUCCACACCCACACCCACACCCACACCACCCACAUCCACACCCACACGCACACACAUACAUUUAUUAGUUGUAACUUGACUGCAGCGAGUCUGAUGGCCGUUGCUGUGAUUAAUGACAGAAAAGAACUCAGUUUUCUUAUACACUGUGGAUUAUCAACACCAAAUCUUUCCACAGUAUAAAGAAGACUGUGUCCUUUUUAACGAUUACUUUGUAAGAAACCCGUAGUAAAAAAAUUACUACAAGACUCUUAGUUAGAAAAUUUGUGCCAAAUGAUAUAUCAAGCUUUCAUUUAAUCUUUUCCUUCUGUGUCUGUGAUAUUAGUAAUAAUCAUCAAUCUAUUACUUAGGGUUUAUCUGUCGCACCAUUUUCACUUAAUGAACUAACAAUGACAUGUUUAUUUUAAUUUCAGUUAAAAUACUGACUGAUACAAACAUAAUAAAUCAUGCAAAAGACAACCUUCACUUAGAAGCUAGAAUAUUUUUUGUUUAUCACUAAUAGUAAUGAUAGAAAGUAAUUUUCCAUCCAUUGAUAAGGUGACCCUGUUAUAAAAUUACCUACUAUCAUUUGAAAGUUCUUUUCUUUUUCAAAUCCUAUGGCUUGAGGUUCAAUGCAAUUCGAAAUUUCUGUGUAAUUUAGUCGACUCAUAUCAUAACCUUUUCCACUUUGACAUUAAUGGUAUAGUUAUUUUUUUCUCUCUCUUUGUCCAUGGACCUUUACUUAUGUAUAUUUAGUUUCUUGUUUUCAAAUUUUAUUUGGUUCUUGUUUUUUGGCUUUUGAAAUGUAGGUUCUUUUUUAUUGUUUCCAAAAACUCCUGAAUUUCUUGGGAAAUAUGAUUUGUGUGCAAUAAAGAUUACUGUAGAAAAUAGAUUAAAUUUCUGAAUGUGAAUGUCAGCUUAAUGGCACAUAAAAAGUUUGAUAUUCAGUAUCAUAAAUUUUCAUUUGAUUUUAUUUAUUAUUGUCUUGUUCUAUUUAACAUGCUAUAUUUUUAUUAACCAUAUUUUGACAAUCAACUCAGUGAGUUAGCUAUUAUUAUUAGAGUUAGAAUGUUGUAAAUAAAAUUAUUCAAAUA